GCUUAUUCCCCAUCCUUGCACAAGCGGCACUCCAUGGACAGAAUCGCCACUCGCUAAUUUGUUCUUCUUCAUUCUUGUUUCAUCCGAAUUUGAGCCCCGGCGGCCUGCAUGGCUUUGACCGACAGAGCGAUGCCCACCACGGCCGCGACGUUUCCGUGUCUCCAGUCGACGGGUCCUUUUACCAAUCGGUGUGAAGAUGAACGUGGAAGCGGGAAUGCGACGGACAUCCAAGUGGAGUUCAGCAUCUUCAAGUCUCCUAUCGCGUCCUCCAAAGACGACGACGAGCUGGGCAAAUUCUUGGACCUCGAUUUCAUAUUGUCCAACUCUCUCGGUUCGGACGUGGAGGGCAACGGCGCCGAGGGCAGCGGGGGCACGUCUCCUCCUCAGCUAUGCGCCUACGCGCUUCCAGAGUCCCCGGAGAGCUGCGGCGGGAACUCGGCGUCGGAGUGCGCCGACAGGCCUUCCGCGCAGCUGCCCCACAACUACCAAGGCGCGGUCCGCUUCACGGAACCGAACCCCUUGCGUAGCCUGAUGGCGGAACUUCUCGCCCCUGAAGUCGACCGGCCGCGGGAGAGUUCGUCGGAGUGCGCCGACAACGUGGCUCGAGAUGGUCGCGAGUACACCGAGCUGGGCGCGCUCGAUGCCGUGACGCACCACUAUCAGCCUUCGUCGCUUGGAUACAAAAUCAAAACCGAGUCCAAUGGCCAAUCGUGUAUGUUGGCCGGUGGGGACUUUAUGGGGCGCGCCGCUUUCAUGCACCAGCAGAAUCAGACCCCGGGUCUCGGGUUCGCCCCGCACGCCGUGCAGCAGGGAGCACCGCGGGGGCCCACAGACUGUCAUUUAGUGCAGCUCACUCAUCAUCACCUCCAGAACAGCUACGCGACCAGCCCUUACCAUUACGCACAACACACGUCCACGCGCUUCCAAGAACAGUACGGCAUGCACGCAGAGCACAUCCACCAGCACCAGCAUCAGAGCCAGGCGGUUUCUUCGCACGGGGUCUUGCUCACUCCGCCGUCCUCGCCGUCACUGCUGGACUUCUACGGGCAGGACGAAGCGGGCGGCCUCAAGCCGAAGAGAGGGCGCAGAUCGUGGGCCCGAAAGCGCGCUGCCACGCACAACUGCGAAUUCCCCGGGUGUGGGAAAACGUACACGAAGAGCUCGCACCUCAAAGCCCACAUGAGGACUCAUACAGGUGAAAAACCUUACCACUGCAACUGGGAAGGCUGCGGGUGGAAGUUCGCGAGGUCGGACGAGCUGACCCGCCACUUUCGCAAGCACACCGGACACCGGCCGUUCCAGUGCCAUCUGUGCGAGAGGGCCUUCUCCCGCUCCGACCACCUGGCCCUCCACAUGAAAAGGCACAUGUAGGUUGAGACGGGGAUGGCCUCGUCACCUUCUACGUAACUUUGCAAUUACUCCGUUAAAUUAUGACCACGUCGGCGUGUUUUCUAAGUUAUUGUCUAUUGCCGAGUGCCUUAAAAAGAGACUUCCAAAAGAGGAACUUCCACAUCGGGCAGGACCCAGAAUGCUACACUUCCGUGUAUGCAUUUUUUUGUAUUUGUAAAAAUGUUUCACAGUCGAAUUUUGAUAUGACUUCACUUUGACAUGUUGCUGUCCAUUUUAUACAGCGUGCGUAUAUUGUAGCUCAAGGUGUGAUUACGGUUCCAAAGCGUCGGUGAAAUGCAGGUAGUAGGGAUAUAUUUUGUUGAAAUAAAUUAUUUUUAAAAUGAAGAAAUCAAUUCUCGACGAGAAACCGAUCCAUCUCGAUCUUCAAGACUAAAUUGUGUAUAUGCUUCAGGGCUCUAAAAUAAAAGUACUUUCAGAAAUA